CUCACAUGACAGCAUCACGUGACAUUGAUCCCGUGACGUCUUGUAGCAAUUUGACAGAGGAGGCAGCAGUUUUAAGGUCCUAAUAUACAAGAACUCAAGAUGGAUAUCCGAGGGGCAGUGGACGCUGCCGUCCCUACCAACAUCAUCGCAGCCAAGGCCGCAGAGGUCCGAGCAAACAAGGUCAACUGGCAGUCCUACCUCCAGGGCCAAAUGAUCUCAGCCGAGGACUGCGAGUUCAUUAAGAAGUUUGAGAUUGCCGGGUCUGAGGACAAGCAAGCAAUUCUGACAAAAGAAGGACAUCAGUGUGCAAAGACCUUCCUCAACCUUAUGGCUCAUAUAUCUAAAGAGCAAACAGUUCAGUACAUCCUAACCCUGAUUGAUGACACACUGCAGGAAAAUCACCAGAGAGUCAAUAUCUUCUUUGAUUAUGCCAAGAAGACUAAGAAUACAGCCUGGUCAUAUUUCCUCCCAAUGCUGAACCGUCAAGACCUCUUUACUGUUCACAUGAAACUACAUGGUACAGGUGCUGAACCUGGAACAGGGACCAUCUCCCCCAGUGAAAGCUCCCAGUACGUCCAGUGCGUCGCUGGUUGCCUGCAGCUCAUGCUGAGAGUGAAUGAAUACAGAUUCGCCUGGGUGGAGGCCGACGGAGUGAACUGCAUCACGGCAGUGUUGAGCAAUAAGUGUGGCUUCCAGCUGCAGUAUCAGAUGAUCUUCUGCGUGUGGCUUCUGGCAUUCAGCCCGCAACUCUGCGAACAGUUGCGGCGCUAUAACGUGGUACCGGCGCUCUCCGACAUCCUCCAAGAGUCUGUCAAAGAGAAGGUCACUCGCAUAAUCCUGGCUGCUUUCAGGAACCUGCUAGAGAAGUCCGCUGAGAGAGAGACCCGUCAGGAGUACGCUCUUGCCAUGAUCCAGUGCAAAGUGCUCAAACAGCUGGAGAACCUGGACCAGCAGAAAUAUGAUGAUGAGGACAUCACUGAUGACAUCAAGUUCCUCCUGGAAAGACUGGGCGAGAGUGUUCAGGAUCUCAGUUCUUUUGAUGAGUACAGCUCUGAGCUGAAGUCUGGCCGUCUGGAGUGGAGUCCAGUGCACAAAUCAGAGAAGUUCUGGAGGGAAAACGCAGUUCGCCUGAACGAGAAGAACUACGAGCUGCUGAAGAUACUGACCAGGUUGUUGGAAGUGUCUGAUGACCCUCAGGUUAUUGCCGUUGCAGCUCACGACGUGGGGGAAUACGUGAGACAUUACCCUCGCGGCAAGAGGGUGAUCGAACAGCUGGGUGGUAAACAACUAGUGAUGAACCACAUGCAUCAUGAAGACCAGCUUGUCCGCUACAAUGCCCUGCUGGCUGUUCAGAAGCUCAUGGUGCAUAACUGGGAGUACCUGGGGAAGCAGUUGCAGUCCACCGAGCAGUCGACUCCAGCUGUGGCUGCCCGAAGCUGAACUGCUCCUGUGCGUGUGUGUGUGAGCCAGUGCGUCUGAUCCUGUGUUCUUGGUGUGAAUGUAAAGCUGUGCUAUAUAGAAUGAACAUGUUUAAAAAAAAGCCGAGUUGAUGUACCGAACCCUAAAUUUAUGAUUUACUACUACUUUGUUGUGCUUUAUGUCGUUGUGUAAAGUUGUGCGUCCUUAGAAUAAAAUCACAUUAAGUGAUCGGAACAGUUCACAGUUAUAUUAAAUGUUAUUUAUGUCUUCGAUGUAAAACAAUGAGUAUGCAUUCCAAUAAAGAGUCUAC